AUGUUGGUUUGUGCCCUUGCACCUGCAGUCGUUGCCUUAUCAAGCGAUGUUGAUUUCUCGAAUGGCUCCGAUGUGGCAAUUGAGCAGACUCUGCUUAAAGCCACCGACUGGUUUCUCACAGAACAGGAGAUUACAGACUCUCGCGGCGGAGUUCCUCGGAAUGAUCUCUCGGUCUACACUACAGGCAACGCCGUCAAGGCUUUUACCAUUACGAAAGAGUACUUUGACGCAGUCUACGAUGAUUUAUCAGCAGCUGGAGAGGGUGAUCGUAUCCUGCUGGCAGCGUGGGAUUCUAAGCUCGUUCAGCUCAAACCCGAUGUCGAUAUUACCGGCCAUACAUCAGGAUACCACAAGGUGUUCUCGGGCGUCGUGGAGCGUGGAGGGGAGGUCAGCAUCCUGGCCUGGGCUAAUCUACUCCGACGCGGACAUAACAUCGAAGCUCGCGAUGCUGUUAACAGUCUCCCUGCUUCCUCAGUUAACGGAGCUCGAGCGACAUUCAUUUUCGAUGACCGGGGACAUGAUGACCACCCAAUAGCGUACGUGGGAGGACUGGACUUGACUAACGAUCGCUGGGAUACUAUUUACCACAAUAAUUCGGCACUUCGCGACGCAGCAGGGAUUAUGUUCCGACACAAAGGCUGGGUAGACGGCGAGUUCCGUAUUCACGGGUCUGCAGCUAAAGGUGUAGCUAACAGCUUUCUUGCUCGCUGGAACUCGGACUACAAACCUUGCCAGGGCCUUGCAGAUGACCUUCUCGACUUUGAAAACCCAGAGUUUAAGCAACUGCUCCGCUGGACUACGUCAGUAGUAAUACUACAUCGCAGCUCGGUAUUAAAAACGUACAGAUCGUUCGAACUUUCAGUUGUAAGUACAAACACUGAGUUCGCUCCAAGUGGCGGGAACUCGCUAUUCCACGCGCGUAUCAAGGCUAUCAAGAACGCUAGGAAUUACAUUUAUAUCGAGGAUCAGUACUUCAUCCUCGUUCCCGAGCUGUUCGAAGCGCUAAUGGAGAAGCAAUAUCCGAACAAGUAUCCGAACAAGUUUAAGGUUUACACUACCAAACUCGACAGGGAUAUCUACAUCCACAGCAAGAUCGUCAUAAUUGAUGACGUUUAUCCGUCCGUAGGCUCUGCCAACUGGAACCGACGCAGUAUGACGUCCGACUCGGAGCUCAACGCGAACGUCGUGGACGACGACAGAAUAGAAUCACCCGACGGGAUCACAGUGAAUAAACUCGCUCGGGACUUCCGGAUCCACAAGUUCCACGAGAUGACGGGCGUGAGCUACGAUAAACUGGACGCAAUGACGUUCCUCAACGCGGCGCAUGAAUACGACGUCGCCGCGGCAGACAACUUGUCGCUCCUGCAAACACUGGAGGCUGAAUAUCAUUUGUACUACGUCAGCUUCACCGACCUCGUUCGUCAGCAAGCGGAUCCCCAGGACACUUGCACCUGAAUAAUAGUACGAAAUAAUAAUGUAGAAUACUAACAGGACGAGGCCUGUUUGGUCCGAAUAGCAACCGCAGACAGCACCGUUCACCGCAUUUCAAUCCAGGCG